GUAAAACAAUCAAGGAAAGAAUUGAAAUCACUUUCUUUUUUUUUUAAACGUCGAAAGUAAUUGAAAUCAAUAAUGUCUCUUUCCUUGAUUACUGCUGGUUCGAUUCUUAUCUGCCCCGAUCUUCGUCUCCGCCAACCUCCCUCGUAUUUGACAAUCUCUUCAUCCCUGUCGUCCUUUAUUGUCCCUUCCAGUAAUCACCGCAAGAUCACACUCCCGGUCAAAGUCACCGCGAGAGGCGACAUGGAGACGGCGGCGGAGACUAUUUCCGGUGGUGUUCCCAACAACACGAUGAAGCUACUGUUCGUAGAGAUGGGUGUGGGUUACGAUCAACACGGGCAGGACGUGACUUCUGCGGCGAUGAAGGCGUGUAAGAAUGCAAUUUCUUCCAAUUCGAUUCCUGCUUUUAGAAGAGGUUCGAUUCCUGGAGUUUCAUUUGGAGAAAUGAAGUUACAGAUCAAGCUUGGAGUGCCUCGUUCUCUUCACCACCAGCUGGAUCUUGACAAGAUCAAGUCUAUUUUCCCCUAUGGAGAGAUUGUUAACGUGGAGGUGGUGGAUGGAGGACUGAUCUGCUCAAGUGGCGUUCUAGUUGAAGAAAUGGGUGAUAAAAACGAGGACUGCUACAUUGUGAAUGUCGCCGUUUACGUUGGCUACUAGUGUCUCUUGUUUCUUUGGG